AUGUAUUCUUAUUGGCCAAUUGCCUUUGACUAGACACGCCCCGCUCUGCCUACUCUACGCUCAUUAUGUUACUAGGCAGCGGAUGGCCCCUCCCACUCUCCAUAGUUACGGUAUUAGCGGAGGUGGCAGCCGCCAUCUUGUUGUAGAAAUGAGCGGGUCGAACCGAGAAGCAGCGAAAGAAGAGCGUAAGAAGGCGGGGGGCGGGGUGAUCAACCGGCUGAAGGCUCGGCGCGUGCACGGCGAUGGGGAGCUGCGGGGAGCGGCCGCGGUCACCGAGCAGGAGCUGUUAGGCCUGAAGGAGCUGAAACCGGAGCAGGUCCUAGGCCUGGGCCGGGUCACAGAGAAUUACCUGUGCAGACCUGAGGAGAAUGUGUUCGGGAUUGACUUCACUCGCUUCAAGAUUCGGGACCUGGAGACUGGCACUGUGCUCUUUGAGAUCUCCAAACCCUGCUCAGAUCCUGAUGAGGAAGAACCAGAAUCUGGGCAACUAGAUAGCAGUGCUGGCCGAUUUGUACGUUAUCAAUUCACACCUGCAUUUCUAAGGCUUCGGAAGGUUGGUGCCACGGUAGAGUUCACAGUGGGUGAUAAGCCUGUGACUAGUUUCCGAAUGAUUGAGAGACAUUUCUUCCGUGAUCGGAUCCUUAAAACUUUUGACUUUGACUUUGGAUUUUGCAUUCCAAAUAGCUGUAAUACCUGUGAACACAUGUACGAAUUCCCACAACUGUCAGAGGAUAUAAUCCGGAUGAUGAUUGAUAACCCAUAUGAAACAAGAUCUGAUAGCUUUUACUUUGUGGACAACAAGCUUAUCAUGCAUAAUAAAGCGGACUAUGCCUACAAUGGAGGACAAUGAGGAUCAAUUUCCUCAGACUGAAAACCGAUGUUCCAGGACAGGAGCUGGGGUUGUUGCAUCUCUGUGUGGUCAGUCCUUUAUUCAACAGAUCAAGAAGCGGCGUCUUUUUUUUAUAAAAACGCUGUAAUUGGAAGACUUUGUACAAAGGAAAAAAUAUUUAUUUUUUGUAAUAUACACUGAUCUUAUAUCAGUUAAACAACCUUCAGAUCUUUUGAAGGAAGCUAGUUUUGCUGUUACAGUAAAUUAUACUUUCUAUCCUGAAAGCACGCAGAUAUCGUUGGCAUAAAUGGUAACUUGACAUGUUCUGUGAAAUAUGAUUUUACUUUUGUCCUCUCCAUAGACAGACUUUGCACAUCACCAUUUGCUGUAUGUUUAUUGUAUGGUAUUGAGUUCACAUCAAGGAUAUAGAAAAUGUCCCUUAUAAAAAUGCGUUCUUGGGCCUCAUGCACACAAAAUGCUAAAACCAGGCAUUUUUUGGGUACCUUGCAGGCGCAAGUGCAGUGUACAGAGCCUGCUGCCGCCACCAGCCUGUUGCAAUCAAUGACCCGAGUGGUACUUCUAUACAAUGCCGCAUGCUUCAAAUGCAGAAAGUCUGCAUAAGGUCAUGUACACAACUACACAGUCGCAUACAGUCACUGGGCACCCAAAAAUGUGUUGUGUGUGGUGUUUUUUUUUGCUUUACAUGCCAAUCUACCCAUGUGCAUAACACCUUACUUUAAUAAAGCAUUGUUAUAAUGCAAAUUGCCUUCACAAGGAAAAUAAGCAGACCCUAUCCUCACCAAUCUUUUAUUUAUUUUUUUUAACUGUCAAACAGCUGCCGAACCAUGGUACAGGUAGUUGUUCUGAUGUCACAUCGGUUUUGACACCUACUGAAAUAUUGCAUGCCUGAUAAGCCAUGUUGAUUAAAACCUUAAUCAAAAUAUCCAGUGAACUGCACCACAAAAAAAAAACUAAUCGAUGCAUGCAGCUGUCGGUAAGGAGCAAUACAAAAAUUCCAAGGUCAAAAUGCAGAUCACAAUCUCCACAAUGACGUCGCAUUCAAACAUCUCGUCCUAUGUAUGUUUCGUCCAUUGACGUCACUUAAAACCUUAACUGCACAGCUUGAAAUAACAUGAGUAAAAGAGAUGCUCUGAAAAUGCUGGAGUGUGGGGAAGGCUUGGGAACACAUGAGCUGUAAAGUAUAGUCUCCCUUAAACAUACAAUGCUGUAUUCUAUUUUUGAGAGAUUCGCUUGGGUUUGGCCUAUGUUCUCAGGAAUGGUCUCUUUCCAUUAUGAGCUGUGACUUGACCUGUUCUGCCAAAUUAUAGCUUGUAUGGUCCCACUAUUCGCUUCCAUAGAAUGUUAAAGGGGUAUUUUUAAUGGAGAAUAUUGUUUAAGUUGUGCUAAAUUUGAUGUACAAACGUCUUAACUUUCAUCAUAAAGCAAACCCCCCCCAUAUGGUAGUACACACGUUCAGCUACAUUAGUGCAGAGGAUGACAGGACUGUAUGGAGCAAGGUAAGGUGAAGUUACUCAGUCUCAUUAACGCCAGGUUCUUUUCACACAAUUUCUAAUAGAGGUAUUGUAUACUAUUUUUGUACAAUUUAAUUAUGUCAAUAUGGUUGUACUUUGUGUCAGAACAGCUUAUUGUUACCACUUGUUACCUGCUGUUGGUCAAAAUGUGCCUAUUUUUUCCCAAAAAUGUCCAGUUCUAUAUAUUCUUAGCGUUAUAAGCUUUAAACAAGGGUAAGGCCCCUUUCACACAGGGCAGAUCCGCUCAGCUGGAGAUCGCUCUAUUGAUUCCCCCUGAGCAGGCGGAUGACUGGUCCAUCUCUGCUCACUGUGCAGGGACGAACCUGUCAGAGCCCGCUGCUCUCUAUGGGAAGAUCGGACGUAUCACCAUCCGUCUGUUUUCGGAGGAUCUUGACGGAUCGGAUGGCAGGUGGGUGUCAGCAGAUACAUCUCCACUGACAUCCGCCUGCCCAUACAAGUCAAUGGGUGGCCCACUUGGAUUCGCCUGAAAAACGGACAGGCAGAUCAUUUAGAACUUUUUAUUUCAAAAUCUCUUGGGACUCUUUUGAAUUAUUUUUGGAGUUGAAAAUAAAUGUCUUUUCUAUAAAAAAAAAAAAAAUCCUUGGCCUGUAGUUUUAGCUUUAAGAGUUUUAACCUGAACUAAUGAUGAAGCUUUAAAUUAACCUUCACUUCCAUUAAAGUUCCAAGCAAUAACUUUUCUACCCGAAUACCAGCCGCGAAUUUCAACCACGGGGACUGGAGAAUGGGUUAAAGCCAGAUCACCUAAAUGUCUUCCAUAUCCAAAGAUUUGUUGGGAUUGCUUAAAGUGACCCUGUCACAGGGGGGAGGCCAUGAAAGCAAGCCUGUACAAAGAGAAGCGGUAUGCUUACCCUUUUGGCAAGUAGUGUGUUAAAUUCUCACGAUCUCCAAGAUCUGUGUGCACUGCGGCUAUCAUACACUUAUGGGUGGGUGUGUUUGUGUCCUGAUGAUGGGGUCGCAGGAGGAAACCAUUACCCCAUUCCCCCCCCCCCUGCAUACACUUGGUGACAGAGUACAUUUAAGAUCAAUACAUACCUGAGUUUUUGGUAGUUACCAUGUAGCAAAAUAAUGAAUUCAAAAAGUGGUCAUUCACGUUUUAAUACUGUAUUAUAAGAAUAUGCUGCCUUGUUUGGUUCUGCUGCCAACGUUAAAAAGCAGCUUGCCAAGUAAUCUCACAUUUUAAAGUAAACUUUUUUCUUUCCAGUUACAGUCCACAAAGGACAGCUUUACGUUGUGGACACCUGUCCUUUACUCGCAAGUGUACUUUACUAGGUGCCAUGUUUUCACUAAUGAAAACUCGCAUGCAUUGACCUUGUUCUUAAAAAGCCUUUGGUAAAGGGACUAUAGUAGAUGCAGGAAAAUCUGCUGCUUAUCCUGGGAUCUACUGGAUUACAUUUAUAGGGUGUAAAUGUGUAGGUUUUUUUUUUUUUUCUUCUGUUAAUUAUAAUUUUGUAACUGUUGACAUACUGACUGUAAAGUUAGUUUAGCUGGAUGGUACAACUAAGCAGAGUGUACAGCGUUUGCAAUAGUGUAAUGUUUUGUUUUUGUUUUACCCAUAGUCAAUGGGCUGUUUAUAAGAUCUUGUAUUUUUCUGUAAUAAUAAAGUUUAUAAUAAGUG